UUCACUCGGACCAAGCUCCUCCCGCUCUGAACAUUCCAGAGAAGUUCCAUUUCUUCUAAAUUCCUCUGCAUCCAUAGAUCUAACCUAGGGUUUCUCAUUCUCUCUGACUUAGACAAUCUCUCUCUCUCGCUCUCUCAGAGAACCACAAAAUGGGCCCUGAUAUUCUCGGCGAGCGCCAGUCCGGCGAGGACGUUCGCACUCAAAACGUGAUGGCGUGCGGAGCGGUUGCUAACAUUGUCAAAUCCUCGCUAGGUCCCGUUGGACUCGACAAGAUGCUUGUUGAUGAUAUUGGUGAUGUGACAAUUACUAACGAUGGUGCUACAAUACUCAAGAUGUUGGAAGUUGAGCACCCUGCUGCCAAGGUUCUCGUGGAGUUGGCUGAGCUUCAAGACAGAGAAGUUGGAGAUGGGACAACUUCAGUGGUCAUCAUAGCUGCGGAGUUACUUAAGAGAGCAAAUGGUUUGGUGAGGAAUAACAUUCACCCUACAUCCAUAAUCAGUGGAUACAGACUUGCUAUGAGGGAGGCAUGCAAAUAUGUGGAGGAGAAAUUGGCUGUACAGGUUGAAAAGCUUGGAAAAGAUUCUCUAAUAAACUGUGCCAAGACAAGCAUGUCCUCAAAGUUGAUAGCCGGUGACAGUGACUUCUUUGCAAAUCUGGUUGUGGAUGCUGUACAAGCUGUUAAAAUGAAAAAUGCCCGGGGGGAAGUCAAAUACCCAAUUAAGGGAAUUAAUAUUUUGAAAGCUCAUGGCAAAAGUGCAAAAGAUAGCUAUCUUUUGAAUGGGUAUGCUCUAAAUAUGGGUCGUGCUGCCCAAGGAAUGCCAAUUAGGGUUGCCCCUGCGAGGAUUGCCUGUCUUGACUUUAAUCUUCAGAAGACAAAGAUGCAAUUGGGUGUCCAGGUCUUAGUCACUGAUCCCAGGGAGCUUGAAAAAAUUCGUGAAAGAGAAGCUGAUAUGACAAAAGAACGCAUUGAAAAACUUCUGAAAGCUGGAGCUAACGUUGUUCUGACAACAAAAGGGAUAGAUGACAUGGCACUCAAGUACUUUGUUGAGGCUGGGGCAAUUGCUGUCAGACGUGUUCGGAAAGAGGAUAUGCGCCACGUUGCCAAGGCAACCGGUGCAACCCUGGUCUCAAUAUUUGCUGAUAUGGAAGGAGAGGAAUCAUUUGAUUCAUCAUUUCUUGGAUAUGCAGAUGAAGUUGUUGAGGAACGUAUCGCUGAUGAUGAUGUGAUUAUGAUAAAGGGGACUAAAACUACAAGUGCGGUUUCCUUGAUCCUCAGAGGUGCGAAUGACUAUAUGCUUGAUGAGAUGGAGAGAGCUCUGCAUGAUGCUCUGUCUAUCAUUAAAAGGACCCUUGAAUCCAAUACGGUGGUAGCAGGUGGAGGCGCAGUCGAGGCUGCCUUGUCCGGGUAUUUGGAGUGCCUUGCUACAACUUUAGGAUCCCGUGAGCAGUUGGCAAUUGCAGAAUUUGCUGAAUCUUUGUUAAUUAUACCAAAGGUGCUAGCCGUGAAUGCUGCUAAGGAUGCCACCGAUUUGGUCGCAAAGUUACGGGCUUACCAUACCAUAGCACAAACCAAUGCCGAUAAGAAGCAUUUAUCUAGCAUGGGUCUAGACCUUUCAAAUGGAACCAUUCGGAAGAACUUAGAAGCCGGAGUCAUCGAGCCUGCAAUGAGCAAAGUGAAGAUAAUUCAGUUUGCAACUGAAGCAGCCAUAACGAUUCUUCGAAUUGAUGACAUGAUCAAGCUUGUCAAAGAUGAAAGUCAGAAUGAAGAGAAUUAGGACCCUUUUUUUUUCUCUCUUUGAAGGACUUUCUGGUAUCAUGUUUGUACCACCAAAAAUGCCUGUUUUUGGUUUAUAAAUUAGUUUGUUAUCUUAAGCUUGCAUUCGUUUAUCUUAUAAAAAGCUUGCUUGCUUGCUCUAAGGCUAAAAUCCCUUGCCCAAGCAUCUAGAACAACUUCAAUCAAAUUGGUCUUGCCAUCACAAAGCAGCCGAUUUCCAUGUUUAGAAGAUUUUGGCGGGUCUAAUCAGAACAGAGUAAACACUUGCAACUGGAAAGGGAUCCUCUCCAUCUCCCUUGCAACUCUUACUACUUUUCACACGUGUAAGUCUAUGAUUGGAGCCACCUUGGCCACAAAAAAAUUUCAAUAUUCUAUAAUUAUAUAUGCUAACACAUGUUAAAAGUUUAUAAAAUAAUUGUAAAUGUCUUCGUGACUGCU